GUAAACUUGGGACAGGUUGCAGGUCUGUCGCGAGCCUCGUGACGACAAGCCAACAACGUUUCUCACAUACUCUCUCCAACGCGAAAAUUGAGCUAACUGCUGUCGGAGUAGCAGAAGAAGCUUCUGGUUCUACUGCAAUUUCAGCAGCAUUCGUGUCGUCUCACUUUGAUUUCAUGCUCUGAAGUGCUUCAUACCACUACACAUACAGAUUUCGCCAUCAAAUCAUGAAUUUCCUGAUUGGAGCUUUCAAUCCACCUUGUAGCGUCACAAUCUCAUUAAAUGACGAAGCGACUCGCAAGCAGGUUCCAUGGAGGAAGGAAAAUGGUCAAACGGAUAUGGUUCCUCUCUUCAAAAGUCAAGAAAACAUCAUAGGCAAGGUUCUUAUUGAGCCACACGGGAAGAAGGUUGAACAUACUGGCGUGAAAAUUGAACUCCUUGGCCAGAUAGAACUGUACUUCGAUAGAGGAAACUUCUAUGAUUUCACAUCUCUUGUGCGUGAAUUAGAUGUUCCUGGAGACUUGUAUGAAAGGAAAACAUAUCCUUUCGAAUUUUCUACUGUUGAGAUGCUAUAUGAAUCGUACAAUGGAGCCAACGUACGGCUUAGGUACAUUUUGAAGGUGACUGUCAGUCGAAACAUUUUCAGCAACAUUGUAGCAUACCAGGAUUUUGUGGUUAGGAAUUAUACUCCACUUCCAUCUGUCAACAACAGCAUAAAGAUGGAGGUUGGAAUUGAGGAUUGCCUGCACAUUGAGUUUGAAUACAAUAAAAGCAAGUAUCAUUUGAAAGAUGUUAUUAUCGGCAAAAUAUACUUUCUUCUUGUGAGAAUCAAGAUAAAAAAUAUGGAGCUUGAAAUCAGGCGUAGGGAGUCGACAGGAGCAGGGCCUAAUACAUAUGUUGACACAGAGACCCUUGCAAAAUAUGAGCUGAUGGAUGGUGCACCUGUUGGAGGAGAGUCAAUUCCCAUCAGACUUUUCUUGAGUCCUUAUGAACUAACACCUACUUAUCGCAACAUCAACAACAAAUUCAGUGUCAAGUACUAUCUAAAUCUUGUCCUGGUGGAUGAAGAGGAUGGACGCUACUUUAAACAGCAAGAAAUCAAUGUGUAUCGCCUCCUUGCAACUUCUUGAAUGUUUGGCAUGAAGGAACUUGGAACUUUGGCUUUCAAACGAUGAGUGGACAGUGUUAAAAGCAUCGUUCCCUUUGCUACCCUUGGCUCAAUUCUUUGAAGAGUUCUGCUAUGCCUUACUUUGAAUUGAGCUGUUACAUGUAUCUGUAUUCCCGAAGCUCUUCUGACUCGUCUAUUGUGACGACAAGAUCCUUUUUGCAGCCUGCGUAUAUAUGUUUUCAGAAGGAUCUUAGGUGAACCAUGCUUUCCAGGUGAAUAGUUGGUGGGUUUUGCAGAUCCUACCUUGUAAAUUAAUGUUGCCAAUUUCUUCAGUAAUUAGUGAUUUCUAUUGUGUCAUCUAGAACUAGCCCUGCUUCAUCUUGUGAUUUGUAUUGGAUUCUUGGGGUGGUUUUUUUAUUGUUGGAGGUACUAGUUCGUCUGAAACUUCCUUUUGAAUCUCUCUUUUCUGGAUAUUCAAGCAAAAGAAUAUACAUAAAUUGUUCAUUGCUUACCUCAUGUUGGAAAAGUCUUGAGAGCCUGAAAAAAUGACCGACGGGCUUACCGAAUGAGGGCAAAAAGAUGAAAUUACUCCCGCACCUUGCUCUCUCCUCUCCCCUUUCAUGGCCGUCACCUCACCGCUGCCUUCUCCUCGCCUCGUUGAUAGUCGUGCACCUCGCUGAUUGCCCUCUCCUCGUCUCGUUAAUAGUCGCGCACCUCGCUGAUAGUUACUAAGACAAGGGUCAGCGACGAGGCGACAAUCAUGAGAGGGAAGAUGAGAGAGCAGAGAUGGGGCAGUGGCCCACUUUACAAAUUUACAAAAUAGACGAGUCAAUUUCAUCUUUUUGUCCCCUAAUCUAUAAGUCCCAUAGUCACCGAUGUAAAAAAGCCCAUGUUAAUGAUUUGAGGGCUAUCAUUAACCUGAGCCAAGCGAUGAACAAUUUAUGUAUAAAUUGAUAUUCCCAUUGUACCCUGAACUAUGUCUAGCCAUAUUUUCAUCCAUGCAGAGGGUGUAGC